AGCUUUCAUUGAUUUGUUUUUUUGGGUUGAGUGAGUGUGACCAUUCCCCACUCAUAUUUAAACCCUUGAAAAACUAAGCACACUAUAAUAUAUUCUAUAUAAUCUUCUCUCUCUGUCCCUACUCGGCGCUGAGAUAAGAGAAAGAAAAUCAACCACCACACACACAAACCCUCAAUAUUGUGUGUUUGUUUUGUAUAGUGUGAUGGAUAAUAAAACCUCUGCAGACUCUUCAUCUUCCGAUAGAGAUAACUAUCUCAGACACCUCAACAAGCUUUCUCACAAGAUCUCAAAACCCAUUCUCAACAACAACAACAACAACAAAAAAACCUCUUCCUUCGAACAACAACAACCUCAAAUUAAUAAUCCUCUACACCAAAACCCACAGCAUCAACCACCUGUUUACAACAUCAACAAAAACGAUUUCAGAGACGUUGUUCAAAAACUAACGGGCUCACCUGCGCACGACCGUAUCUCAACACCGCCUCCCAUUCAGCAACCCAAACAACAAAGCUCCCGUCUUCAACGUAUCCGUCCUCCGCCGUUACCUCACAUCACUAACCGUCCACCGCCGUUACUUAACAACCGUCCGCAUCUUCCGCCGCCGCAGAACUUUAACUUUAACGGUGUUAACUUUAAUCAGAGCUUUCCUGGGUUUGGGAGACCCCAAGCGCCGUUAUCUCCGUUGCCGCCGUUUCCCACCGUUCACGCCGCCGCUGAAUCUCCUAUCUCCGCUUACAUGCGCGAUCUGCAGAAUUUUGUUUCCACCAUGGAUAACAAAAGCUUCUCCGGUUUUUCUCCUUUGCCUCCUCCUCUUCCUGUUUCAUCUCAUCAACCUCAGCCAGAACAACAACAACCACCACAACAGGAGGAGCAGGAACAACAGCAAGAGAACCAACCUCCGCCGCAGCAGGUGGUUGCUCCGACUACUCAGCCUCCAGUGCCUCAACCGUUUCAGAUGCCGUCUUCUCCAGUUCCUUUCGGAUGUUUGAAUUCACAGCUUGCAUCUUACCCUUUGUUGUCACCUGGUUUACUGUUUUCCCCCAAUUCGGCCAAUUUAGGGUUUCCUCAGCUUCCGCUUUCUCCCACCGUGCCGGCUCCGAGUCCGCGAUGGAGAGAAAUUUGACAUCAAUUAGGGUAAGAAUGGUCAGAAUCUUCGGUUUUCGCCUUCGAUUUCAGGAUGUACAUGGUGGUGGUGGAUUGGGAAUUUAUUCAAUUUGUGGUGCUUGGAUUGGAGUCAAACAUAGCUAGUCCAUUCUACUGCUUAGUGCUAGUUUAUUUUAUUUAUUCUGUAAAAAUGGGGUAUCAAAAACGGAUGAAAGGAACAAUUUUGAAAUUGUUUUUUUUUUGUUGCUCUUUUUGAAUAUUUUGGGAUCAGGAAAAACAGAAAUUAGAAGUUGUUAAUGUUAUACAAAUAUAAUAGGAUCAUCAUCAUCAUGCUGUUUUUAAGGUUACAAAAACUAUAUUGUUAUUGGCAUCAUGUUGUUUUUUCUUCAAAUAUAUCAUCUUAAUUGUCCUAGUCAAGCUGUUAUUAUCAUUUUAUUUCUUUGCUGGUUGUUGCAGACAAGGGGUUGUUUAAUUUUAGCAUUUUGAAUUACUAGUAGUUUGUUUUAUGAUCAUGGUCCCUUAUGUUCCUUCUUUGAGGGACUAUGUCUAUGUGCAGUUUUUGGGAAAAAGGUGAAAUUGUUGACUGGUCUUUCAAUUAUACAUGUGCUAGGUAGGUAGUUUGUACUAUUCAAAGAUGAUUGAUGGUUUAUAUAGUUAGGUAUUUGAAGUUUGUGGUGUUUCUUGAAAUUGUUCUGCUCAACCUUAGAUUGAUUGCUGAUGUUGUUCAAGUUCAAAAUGACAGUUUUACUUUCAGAUGUGCCUAUUUUAUGACCAACAUAUGUAACUUUAUGCAUACAAUGUAACAUUAGGCAUUCAGUUUUUGUCUGUCAUUUUGUUUCAUAAGCUUUUUAUAAAGGUAUUUCACACUUGUUACUGGCUCUCUGAAUUUUCUAUGUUUGGUUGCAUUUUUAAGAUUCAUUUUGAGGUUUUAUGGUGAAAGAUGCAGCACAGACAUGGUGUCUGAUAUGGAUUGUAUAGUAAACUAAAAUCCAGAGACAACUCCUAACAGUAUGAUUAAACUUGUUGUAAAUUGAUCUUAAGCCAUCUUAAGCAAUUUUAAUCAACAAUUAAACUAUCUUAUACAAUUUUUCACUCUGUCACUUUAUACUUGACCCCACCAAUUUUCAAACUGUAAUCCAAUGCUGAAAAAGUUUAGGUACUCCAGUCCACAUAUGCAACAUGCAUUGGAGAUGCCGUGUUGCAUACUGUUUAUUCUGCAUGUGGAUUGAUACUCUACAGAAUCACAGUGUGAUAGUGAUAUCCUUUUGUCUAGGAAAUGAACUGAUCAAAUCCUUGUGUAGGGAUUGAAUUCUUUAAAAGUUUGACAUCUUGGGACAAAAUAAUGUGAAUUUGAUACUUAUUUUAAUUUUGAACUAUCAGGGGUUAUAU